CAUGUGUAACUUAGACCAAAUGGGGUCUUCGACUUCAAAACAAACAAAAUGUCGGCGCACAUCAGAUGGGGACUUCAACGGUUAUUACGGGCCCGAAGCAAAGCUCUCUUCAGGCUACCAGAUCGUUCACAGACCACAGUACUAAACUUCAGGGGAGUUCAGAGUCAGCCAGGGACAGGAACUACAUACUUCUCAGCGAGGAACCUGUCCAUUCAGACACAAGAAACUCCAAACCCAAAAAGCUUGAAAUUCCUCCCAGGUAAGCCUGUGCUUGGAAGCGGCACGCAGGACUUUCCUUCUCCGAGCUCAGCUGGAUCUUCAUCUUUAGCCAGGAACCUGUUUGAAAUUGAGGGAGUGAAAAGUGUGUUCUUUGGCCCUGACUUCAUUACUGUAACUAAGACGGACGAGGAUGUGGAGUGGACGGACAUUAAGCGGCAUGUUUUAGAUGCUAUUUCCAAGUUCUUUGAGAGUGGGGACCCAAUAUCAACAGGAGCAGUGCACCGUGAAAGUACUCUUUCUGAAGAUGAUGAUGAUAUUGUAUCCAUGAUAAAGGAACUUCUGGACACCAGAAUUAGACCUACAGUGCAAGAGGAUGGAGGCGACGUCAUCUAUAAAGGCUUUGAGAACGGCACCGUAAAGUUAAAGCUGGUCGGAUCCUGCACAGGAUGUCCCAGCUCGACGGUUACUCUGAAAAAUGGGAUUCAGAACAUGCUGCAGUUCUACAUACCUGAAGUGGACAACGUGGAGCAGGUGGAAGACGAAGUGGAUGAAAUUAAUUCAAAGGUUUUUGAAGAAGUGGAGCGUAAGCUACAAGAAUAAGAACCUCAACGACAAAAAACUUGCUUGUUAAUUCUGUCAGAAGAGAAAUAUCUGUAAACAAGUGAGAAAACAGUAUUUCUGUUGUUGCUCAUACUGGAUGAAAAACAUCCAGUUUUCUAACUGUAAUUUGCAUUCAUAUACUUUAUACCCCUGUUCCUAAAGAAAGACGACAGAAAAUGAUGUUUUUGUUGCUGUAGAAAAGUUUUUUUUUUUUUUUGCUGUGAUUAUUUUAAAUGUAGUGUUGUAUUUAUUUCUUAUAAAUAUUGUACAUUAAGAAAGAAUAUUUUGCUAAGAUGAUGACUUUGUGAACGUUGAUGACAUCGGUUUAUGUUCUCCAGGAAAAUUAGCCAGUUAUUUGCAUUUGCUCCUGCUUCACACAUUAUAAAGGGUUGAAGUUAGGAAAUUAUUACAUUAUUUAAAUAAAUGAAUGGAGAAAAAUGAUCAAAUUAUCUAUGGUGUGAUAGUCAGUUUAUCAUAUGAAACCCCAAAGGUUAUUAAUAUGCAUUGUGUUCCACUUUGUAAUUUUACUGUAUUGCAUUAAACUUUACUUUGACUGUU